AUGAUGAUGAGAGCAACAACAACGAACAACAACAACAGCUUCUGUUGUAGUAGUACUUUCCACAACACUUUGUCUUCUUAUUCUUCUGCCAGAAGAGCCCGCUCCUCGGCGAAAGCAUCUUCUUCCUCUUCUUCUUCUUUUUCUGCGAAGAAGAAGAGCAGGAGUAGUGUUCUGACGAAAGCGACGACGGGUGACGGUGACGACGAAGAUGAUGAAAAAAAAGAUGUAUCGAAAUCGAACGACGCGGUGGAUAACGCCUUGUUCGGAAGAAAAACGGAGGACGAAGAAGACGGUUUAAAGAAGACGAAGAAGAAACAGUUGGGAAGUAAAGGGGUGAACUUGUUCGACCCGGCGGCGACGCUUUCCCGAGCGCUCACGAAAAGGUUUGGCAUCGUCGGUGGGUUGUCUCUCGUGGCCGUGUUGGCGUUAGUGGAAGGCGGGGAGAUUGUGAAAUCGUUGUUGGAAAUCGAUAAAGACGUGGACGAGCAAUCGGAAACGGUUUCAGAGAGCGGUUUGAAGAUAAAAGACGUUCGCAUUGGGGGCGGUGGUAUGCCGAAUAAAGGGAACUUUGUCGGCGUUGAGGUGAAGAUGUCCAACGCGGAGGAUCCAAACGUCGUGUACGUGGAUACGAAGAAAACCGGGAAACCGAUCGCGUUUAUUUACAAGAGUGGGAAGCCGUUGUUGACGCCAUUGUGCGAAGGGAUAGUUGAAGGCGUGUCGACGAUGAAAAGAGGCGGGAUACGCGAGUUAAGAAUACCGGCGGAGAAGUUAGGCUUUGGCGCGAACGACGUCGUGUUAGCUGACGGAACCACCAAAAUUCCUGGAGGCACGGAUUUGUUCGUUCGAUUAGAGUUGGUCGAUGUCACUUCGUACUAUCAAUAA